AUGAGAACUGGAAAUAAAUCAGUUGUGAUCCAGAGAUCUCCCUUUCCAAAGUAUAAGCUUCAAGUUAAUGAAUUUGAAGAGUCUAAUAAGGAGGUGUAUCUUCUUCAUGAAAAGAACCUCAAAGAGCAUCGCGAAAGGCUCAAAAGAAUAAUGCAGAAAACGAUCAAAGGGAAUCCUCACCAGAAGAGUCAGGUCACUAGAGAAUGGUUUCUGGCUAAUAAGAGCAAGGACCACAGUAUCAUUCAGAGCAGGAAGAAGUCAAAUAUUUCUAGAGAGAACACUAUUUUGUUUAACAAGCUUCUUGAUAUUUCCUUAGGGAAAAUGUCUGACUUGCCGUUUGUGAAGACCCACAAAAACAACUUGUUUCAGAAAAAUGACAAGAAAUAGCAGAUAUAAGCGUACUGGUAGUGUGAACCCUUCUCCUUCCAAGAUUGGGAUCAAGGAUCUUCGUUUCAGUUCUGUUGACAGUCCUAAGUAUGAGGAUUCUACUAGCCUAAAUUACUCCAUAAGGAAGUUGGAGAAGAGAAGAAUUGAGAGAGAAAACCUUAAAUUAGCUGCUAAAUUGAUAACUGCUGAAUCUGGACUGAAAUAGAACCAAACUUUUGGGUGAUUAUAAGCUGAGCCAGAAAUAUAAGAAGCUCCGAAGCAGGAAGCACUUUAAUCCAGAGACUCCUGAGAAGUCUAAAUUCCCACCAGUCACGAGGAAGUUGAUAAUUAAAGAAGAGAGUAUCGAUUUUGAGAAUAUUAAAGUAAAUCCAGAGCAUUUCUUUGAGAAAAGGUCUGAUAAGGCUGAAGAAGUUAAGCAAAUUUCAGCCUCCAUGAACAACCCUCAACUAGAUAGCGCAUCUAUCCAGGAGGUAGGCAGCCCAAUGAAUUUUGGAGAUGACCUUAUGCUUCAAAGAAAAGUAAAAAGGGUCAAGCCAAGGAAAAGGUAUAAAAAUGAGAUCAAGAGUGGUCCUAGUUCACCAAGGCAUAUAAAUUACGAUCAUAACAUGCACAGAACUAACAAGGAUAAGCUCAAUGUGUAUAAACCGGUUGACACUAGUAAUAAAAAGAAGAAGCUUAAAAUAAAAGAGACUAAAGAUUAAUUACUUAACGGUUC